AUGGGAUCAAAGCCGACUACCAGCCACUACGCUGGUACUUCAUCGUCUACAUGUCCAACAGUGUGGCAUAGCAAGGUGGCUCUUGUAUCUCACCAGGCCCAACACGAAAAGGCAGUUGAAAAGGAGAACGAAGCAAAGCAGGAUAUUUUUCGAGAGAGGCCCACAAACAUCGGCGGUGAUGUCUAUACUAAUGUCGCAGCAGAAAGCCUCUUCUCCAUGAUCGCCGUACCCAGCAAUCAAGCCAUUGAAGAUCAUACCGACCAGCUACUAAACGUUCAGCUUGCGGCCACAGCUUUAUAUCUCGCAGCUGACUUGCGUCAACACGAGUUGGGCGUCGAAUGGGAUGGAAGCAUCCGUGACUGGCUUCUACCUGGCACUCCUGCCGACGUUGCAUUAUGCGAGGCUAUCACGGCUAACCAGUCGAACUGGCCUUUGGGAAUGAAGAAGCCGCCGUUGAAGGUCAAUCUUCCUCAUAACAGCGCAGCGAAGACAGCAUAUCCCACUGUCUCGUUCAAGGCCUGGUUCCAACCAAACGACACAAGCAUCAAGACUGAGUGCGCUGCAACCACCGACCUCAACGCUCUCUCCGACGUCUCUGCCAAAGACUUCUAG